AUGGCUGCGCCCUCGAUGCUCGGAUCGCUGCUGGUGCUGGUGCUCGUCUCCUCAUUGCCACGGGGCAUACAGUGCUGCCGUGCGGAGCACUUCCCGAUCCCCGACCAGUGCGGCUCGGAAGGCGGCAUUCCGCCGGGCGGCCCCCACUCGCUGCCCUGGAUGGUCACGGUGCGCGUGGAGGCCAUGAGCGACGUCCAGGAUCCGGAGGACCUCCUGCCUUGCCCCAGCGUGUUCCAGGCUGCCAAGGAGGAUGGUGCGUCCGACCGUCCCGUCCGAGUGGGCCCAGAUUCCUUCUUCGGCCACCUGGCGCGAGUAGCCGUCACCCACAAGAUGACCUCGACGUGCGCAGGCGCCAUCGUCACCGCAAGGCACGUUCUGACGGCGGCGCACUGCCUGUUCGCAUCGCGUUACAAGCCGACGUACCGCGUCUUCCUGCGCAACGGCAGCUCGACCGGCCACGGAGCCCACGCCCGCUCCUACGUGGGCGUGCCGGCGUCGGCCGCGCUGUGCCACCCGGGAUGUCGGUUCCACGGCACCACGCGGGCUGUCAACGACCUUGCCGUGCUCGUGCUCGCCGAGCCCCUCAACAUUCAGGGUUCCGGCGGCGUGAGCACCCUGUGCCUCCCCUGGCCUGACGUGCCGGUGUACGGCUCGGUGUUGUGGAUGGCGCGUCACGAAGGACGUCCCAAGGUAGGCUGGGCCGGCGGAGGAGCAGGCCGCCUGCCCACCGCGCUGACCAGAGAGUCCGUUCAGCUCGUCAACUGCUCACUGCUCCCUCAGAUGGCGCAUGACGCGGGCGGCGAACCCACGAAUGAGCUGUGUGCUGUGAGCAUCGGUGGUCUGCGUCAAGUGGUCGACCCCGGCACCGCACUCAUGGUGGACACCGUUCAGGGCUGGGUCCUCGUCGGCCUGCUGUCGUGGCUGGAAGACACCCGCGCAGUCUCCAGCGUCGCCGUCUUCACUGACGUGCGGGCCCUGAUGGCGUGGCUGCUGGAGACGGUCUUCAAGACAUUCUGA